AUGUCCGGUGCAGGUCCCAGAGAAGCCAUCUUCCCCACGCGGAUGAACCUGACCCUCACAAAGGGUCGUCUUAAGGGUGCUCAAACAGGCCACUCUCUGCUUGCCAAGAAGCGUGAUGCUCUUACCACCCGUUUCAGGACUAUCCUCCGUAAAGUCGACGAGGCCAAGCGCUUGAUGGGCCGUGUCCUCCAGCUUGCGUCCUUCUCCCUCGCCGAAGUCACAUACACUGCUGGUGAUAUCAGCUAUCAAGUCCAAGAGUCCGUCACCACCGCGAGCUACCAGGUCGAGGCGAGGCAGGAGAAUGUCAGUGGUGUCGUCCUGCCGGCCUUUGAGGGUGUUAUCAAGAACUCGAAAGAGGUGAAUUUGACAGGUCUAAGUCGAGGAGGACAACAAAUCCAGAAAUGUCGCGAGACGUAUAUCAAAGCGGUCGGCACUCUCGUCGAGCUGGCGUCUCUCCAAACCGCAUUCACCAUCCUCGACGAAGUCAUCCGUGCCACCAACCGCCGUGUCAACGCCAUCGAACACGUCGUCAUCCCCCGUCUCGACAACACCAUCAAAUACAUCAACUCUGAGCUCGAUGAGAUGGACCGAGAAGAGUUCUUUAGGCUGAAGAAGGUGCAAGGGAAGAAGAAGAGGGAUGCGGCCACUACAGAGGAGAGAAGGGCGGGUGAGAAUGAAGAGUUUGAGGAGGCGGGAGGGGAGAGGCAUGCGGAUGAGGGGAUUGGUGGAGGGGCGGCUGGUGGGGGUGAUAUGCUUGAUGAGGGCAAGGAUGAGGAUGUGAUUUUCUAG